UUCGUAGUGGGUGUAUCUGAUGUUUGUGUGUAUUUCUCUUUAUGUCGUUACCGCAGUGAUGCGAUUCUUUCGCGUCUCUAUUUAUUUAUGACACUUAUCGAUCACAUUAUUGUGAUGUAUUGAUCGAUAUAUGUCUGUUUUUAUUCCCCAAUGAUCUUGAGAUGGCCAGCUCUUUCUCCAGACCUUCAGAUCAAGGAGCCACAGAAAAGGACAAGCUCCUGACCUUUGUGACGGGUUACGGCUCCAGUGACCUCAAUGGUGGGUGUCAUGGCAACCCUUCCUCUCUGGAUUUGGGUACAUCAGGGUCACGGCAGCGGGUGGAGGAAGAGGAGGAGGCCCUGAGGAGGAAGUUGAAAUAUUUCUUCAUGAGUCCGUGUGAUAAAUAUCACGCUAAAGGCCGUAAACCCUUCAAACUGGCACUGCAGCUACUAAAGAUUGUCAUAGUAACUGUACAGCUCGUGAUGUUUGGUCUCAGUAAUCAGAUGGUGGUGGCGUUUAAAGAGGAGAACACAAACUCAUUCAAACAUCUGUUCUUGAGAGGUUAUCUGGAUGGAUCUGAGGAGCCCAUGUGUGUUCACACGCAGAAAGCCGUUCAUGAACACAUUGAUUACGCCAUCGACCAGUAUCUGGCUCUACAGCAGACGUCAGUGGGCAGGUACGCGUAUGUUCCAGGCGUGGGACUGAAUGGCAGCGCCCUCUAUCUGUGCCAGCGUUACUACAGGAAGGGCAGCAUUGAACCCGUCAAUGACACGUUCGACAUCGACCCUCACGUCGUCACCGACUGUAUUGGAGUGAAUCCACCUCCAGAUCUUCCGGCUCCGCUGCAGAACGACUACAAGAACAUCACCCUUGAGUUUCAGAAGUUGAUUAACAUCACGAUACAGUUUCAGCUGAAGGCGAUAAACAUCCAGACGAUUAUCAAUAAUGAAAUUCCCGACUGUUACACCUUCUCCAUUACUAUCUUGUUUGAUAAUAAGGCUCACAGUGGUAAAGUGAAGCUCAGUUUGCUCAACGAGGCGUCCAUUAAAGAGUGCCGGGAUCCUAAUGUGUCUGGACACGCGGACAGUUACGCACGCGUGGCGUUUGAUGUGUUGGUCGCGGUGGUCUGUGGUUUGUCUCUGGUGUUGUGUGGACGCUCCAUCCUCAGAGGAAUUGUCCUGCAGCACGAGUUUGUGUGUUAUUUCCGUCAGUCACUGGGUCAUUCGGUGAGUUGGGGUGAUCGUCUGGAGUUUAUUAACGGCUGGUAUCUGCUCUUGAUCAUCAGUGAUGUUCUCACCAUCAUCGCCUCCUUUAUCAAGAUCGCAAUCGAGACCAAGAAUCUGUCGUCGUAUGACGUGUGCAGUAUUUUGAUGGGCACCUCGACUCUGCUGGUGUGGGUGGGUGUGAUCCGAUACUUCAGCUUCUUUCAGAAAUAUAACAUUCUGAUUGUGACACUCAGAGCCGCGUUUCCAAACGUGAUUCGAUUCUGCUGCUGCGCUGCAGCCAUUUACAUGGGCUACUGCUUCUGUGGCUGGAUUGUUCUGGGACCCUAUCACACUAAAUUCCGCUCUCUGUCUAUGGUGUCGGAGUGUUUGUUUUCUCUGAUAAACGGAGAUGACAUGUUUGUGACGUUCUCGGAGGUGGAGCAGAGCGGGACUCUGGUGUGGGUGUUCAGUCAGCUGUAUCUCUACACCUUCAUCUCUCUCUUCAUCUAUAUGAUCCUGUCGCUCUUCAUCGCACUCAUCACUGGAGCGUAUGACACCAUCACACAACAAACCCAGGAAACCCCCGAGGUGUCUGAACUGCAUCGGUUCAUCUCCGAAUGUACCGACACACCAACCUCUGGAAACUUCCGCAGCCCAGAAAACUCCAGAUGUUCUCUCUUCAGCUGCUUGAACUAGAUUAAACUGUGUGUGCAUGUGUUUGUGUGUAUGUGUGUGUGCUUGUUUGCAUGUGUCCUUCUUUGUGUGUGUGUGUUUGUGUUUGUGUGUGAGAGAGAGUGAGUGUGAGUGUGUGAGAGAUUGAGUGUGUGUGUGUGUGAGAGAGUGAGUGUGUGUGUAAGAGAGAGUGAGUGUGUGUGUGUGUGUGUGUGUGUGUGUGUGUGUGUGUUGUGUGUGAGAGAGAGUGAGUGUGUGUGUGUGUGUGAGAGAGUGAGUGUGUGUGUAAGAGCAAGUGAGUGUGUGUGUGUGUGAGUGAGAGAGAGUGAGUGUGUGUGUGUGUGUUUGUGUGUGAGAGAGAGUGAGUGAGUGAGUGUGUGUGUAAGAGAGAGUGAGUGUGUGUGUGUUUGUGUGUGAGAAAGAGUGUGUGUGUGAGAGAGUGAGUGUGUGUGUGUGAGUGUGUGUGUAUGUGUGAGAGAGAGUGAGUGUAUGUAUGUGUGUAUGUGUGUGUGUGCGCGCCUGUUUGUGUGUGAGUGUGUAUAUGUAUAUGUGUGUGUGUGUGCACCUGUCUGUGUGUUUGUGUGUGAGUGUGUAUAUGUGUAUGUAUGUGUGUGUGUUACAGCUUUAUAAGGAGGAAAUGCACAGGGGGGCAGGUACACUACACCAUCCACAUUAAUAUUAAUGUCCAAAUAAACCUGCAAGCUAUGCAUCCUUUUAUCCAUGCACACACACUCACACACACACACACACACACACACACACACACACACACACACACACACACACACACAUACACUCACACUCCUUGGGCAUCUAGAGAGGUUUCCUCUGAAUAUGGACACAGAUCGGUCCAUGAGGGAAUUGCUUUAGUGAUGCAGAGACGCAUCAGAUGAAGCUUUGUGUGUUUGAAGAAGCUGUUAUUGGACGCUUUAAACAGCCGUUAAACAAGAUGAGUACAGGACUGAAGAGACUAUAGUUCAUCUUUACAAGCACAUGAGUGUAUCAUUACAGAGGCAUUAAGAGUUGUUCAGUUGUUAUUUAUAUGUUAGUUUAACGAACAGCUCACGGGAGGACUCAGUGUGGCAUGUUUAUUAUAGUAUUAUAUUGGUCCACAGAAUUCAUAUUGUAAGUGUCAUCUUCAGCUCAUCUACAGCAAUGAAAGAGAGGAUCUGUGAUGAUCUGUGAUGUAGCCAGAAUGCCUUGUGUUGGUGCUCCUGCAUAUAUUUAGUGUACAAUUGUGGUUUCGGGCACAUUUUAAUGUUCUUUUACGUUUAUAAUAUUUGAAGGUUCAUCUAGACGCCGUUGGUCCAGUUUGUUGCAUUUGUUAUUUGAAUCAAAGGGAAUUUGUUUUUUAUGAUGCACAUUUUGUUUUAAAUGUUUUAAUUUAUUUGGAGAUGUGAAUGUGUAUCUGAUAUUUCUUGUGUGUUUACAUGUAAUUGAUAUAAUUAAUGUCAUUUAAAGAGGUGAAAUGACAUGAAAGCUGUUGUCAUGCACAGAUUUGAGUGUUUAUUAUGUCAUAAAUACUCAUUUUGAGCCC